GGAGUCGAGUAGACCAAUGAAAAGAGAAAUCGUCGAAGAACCCGGCGAACUGGCGCGCAGCACGGUAACCGCAAACUUAAAGGCAGUUCGGUACUCGCACGUGGGCCUUCGUUCGUGUCGGAUGUGUGCGCGUAUGAAAAUAUCGCCAAUUGUAAAGGACACCGUCCGUUACCACGUACGUGUCAUCAACAGUGCUCGCGUUAAUAAUUAUCGUUCGUAAAUCGUAUCAGAUCUCAGGGAAUAUCUACUUCAAUCUAGUAUUAAUGAAUAAAAUUUCUUCGUAACGCGAACGACUGUUGAACGUGUGCAACCGUUAAAUUUUAUAAUUUCGGUUUCGUCGUCAAUAGAUUAUUUUCACUGUUAGAAGGAUAUCCAUAUUGUUGGUGUGAAUCUCUUCUAUUGGUGUGUUUGGGAUUAAAAAAACAAGUUCAGUGCAUAGGAAGAGGACAGUGCUUCGAAAAAUUAGAGAUAACCCUGUAUCGAGAAUCAUCAUUUUUGUCUAAAUGGUGGUAAGCCUGUGACGUGAUUAACCGUUGACCAAAGUACCAGAGAAAGGUGUCAAAAUUGAGCAGGUCGUCCUCCCGUCCGGCGGUGAUCUCGCCAAAAUUUGGAGGAUGUUGAUGCCCGGUGCUGCUGGUCUCAGUGCCGUAGGCGCGGUGGGCGCCGUUGGGGCGCCAGGGCCGGACGAGUUGGUUUCGGGCCUUGGUGCCUUGGCAGGCACCACGCCUCAACAAAAGGACACCACUUGGACGAAACUUUUCGUCGGCGGUUUACCGUAUCACACCACCGACAAGAGUCUCAGGGAACAUUUCAACGUGUAUGGGGACAUCGAGGAGGCAGUGGUCAUUACCGACAGGCAGACCGGCAAAAGUAGAGGUUACGGUUUCGUGAUCAUGGGAGACAGGCCAGCGGCGGAGAGGGCGUGCAAAGACCCGAACCCCAUAAUCGACGGCCGCAAAGCAAACGUCAACUUGGCGAUUCUUGGAGCAAAGCCCAGGGGUAAUCUGCAAGCGACAUUCCCGUUCGCUGCUGGCAUUCGAGCUGGAUACCCCGCUGUUCUUCCCGGCCAAUAUGGGGUGCCACCAGGUUACGUGUACCAGUCACCAUACCUGGCGGCUGCCGCGCCAGGUGGUUUGGUACCGCUUCCGGCCACGCAGUUGACCCACGCGGCGGCCAUGGCUGCGGCGUCGCAGUUCUACGAGUAUCAGAACGUUGCCGCGGCGGCCGCCACUUAUCCGGGGACGUCGUACAAUUUCGCCGAGGCCUAUCCUUAUACCAGCGCAGCCGCUGCUGGUAUGUGUUUGAAAAGUGUCCAGAGCAAGGACAGCAACGGGCUGAUACACCACCACCAGCAGCACAACGGCAGCAGCCCUGCGGUGCUGGCACACCAACGAUUGGAGAAAGCUCUCCUGCCGCCAUUUCUGCCGUCCGUGCUACGUAGCAACGCGAAUGCAGCGGCAGCGAGUUACGUGACACCAUACACGUAUGCAACGCUACCAGGUGCAGCGGCAGGAUUACCAGCAGCAGCGGCUGCAGCUGCAACAGCGGCGGGCGCAGCCUUCCCAGGACUACCGUAUCAAACGACGCCUCAGGAAGCAAGAUUGCAAUAGAAGUUGAAUGAAUUGCCGCGAGGUGGAGGUUCGGUGCGCUCCAAUUGUUCCGCCGGCGUUAAAAGGAAAAAAAAAAAAAGGAAAAAGAAAGAAAAGAACACGCAAAACUUAAUCCUCGCCGCCGUAUAUAUACGUGUUUAGUCUUCGCCUGUCUCUUCGCGUCGAUCCACUUCUUUUCCAAAGCUUCUUCCUUUCUCCGAGAGGGGGCAGGGUUACUAUUCGGCGCGAUUCUAUUCCGCACGAGAGAAGAAGCCAUUGUUUCAAACGUUUUCGUAGCUGUAGCCAGCUCAACGCCAGUUCUCACGAGUUAAUUUUGGAAACGACGUACCGACCGAGAGACAGAGAAAACGAGGAAGCUUCGUUGGAUGCGGCCCCACGUCACUCAGGAUCGAUGGUUCGAUCGUUUCUUAACCUAACUUAACCUUUAAUCUUCCCCACUUUAAUUCUUCCUUUCCACGUUCUCCUUUAUAGGGCCAAACUUGGCACGCUCGGCCAAUAUAUCUUCGAAGUAUACAUGACGAAUACGUAAAAUAAUUGUCGUUAGCGUUUACGAUUAUUUAUAACCGAUGGAGCACGAUGGGCAAUAGAGGCUUUCAAUAGAACGAUUUAGAAAACGUCGGAUUCUUUGUACAUUUACUUAUGCAUCGAUCGCGCAUGAUUAAUAAACGAUGAAAUUUUUAAUGUAUCAUUUAAGAUACGUUCGAACGAAGUGAAUUAUUCGCUACAUUAGGUGGAAUCGAAAGACUGAUCCGUAUUCAGAAUUGAUAUUGUUUAAAAUAUUUGUAUUUUUACGAGAGAAUAAUUGUUGAUUAUAUUGGAAGAUGGAAUAAUGUAUCUCUUCCAGUACCGACGAAUAAUUUUUAAUGUUUUUCAUAGAUCGUUAUUAUCAUUGCAAUUUUUUUUUUUUUUUUUUUUUUUUUUACAGAAUAUUGAAACUUAGUUUUGAUGCUUUUACAGAUAUCAUUUCUGAAUAUUGGUCGAAGACUAUUUUUUAAAUUUAAGUGUAUAGCUUGUUAGAUUCAAUUCGCCGAGAUAUACGUUUUCCAUUUUACAUAUAAGAAAUGUUCUUUCUACAGUUGACACGUAUGUUAAUAAUUCAAAGAUAAAAUUUCCACGAAGCUUUAAAAUAAUCGAUAAUUUAUUAAAUAGAAAAAUGCUUUUUUACUUAUUUUGAUAAGAAUUUUAUCGCGAAAAAUGUAAUUUAUUUAAAAAUUCUUUUAUUUUUUUUAUUAUUGUAAUAGAUUUCUUAAUUUCUUUGACUUCUAAUUUAUUCAAUGUAACGAAAGAAAAAAGAACUUUGAGAAAAUAUUUUUAGUUUCGUGGAUUUGAUUUUUUAUUUGAAUAUAUCUUUUAAUUGCUUGAAUAAUUUUUUGAAAAUAUAUCACGAUAUUGUAAAUAACGCGAUGCGUUACGAUUACAAACCGACGUUGCCUUAGAAUCGCGUGUCAGCGAAAUCACCAAGUGUCUUAAGGAUGAUGCCUUUUUUGUAUGAUUUAUAGAUGUUAUUUAAAUGAACACUGAGGACCAACGGACGAACGAAUCGAUAAUCAAAAGAAAUUUGAAGCUCGUAAUAAUAUUUAAAAAGAUUUUUGUAAAAGCACCAAAAUUUUGUUGAUGAAAAACUAUAAUAGUUGUUUCUUGAUAUAUAUAUGAAAAUCGUUAAAACUUGUAAAUAAGUAAAUGGUAGAUAUAGUGAUCAAUUUAUAAUUACUAAAAAUACUAUUUCAUUCGUAAUUUUGACGAUAUAUUUAUCAUUGCAUAGCGAGUAGUAUUUCAUAACCUAUAAUUUUAUCUUUCUCCAACGAAAAGUUCCAAUACAAUUGCUACACGUUGUUAAUUUUAUUCUAAAUACGGAUCAUUUUCCUCACUAAUUAAUUUUAAUGUACACAUAUAGCAACGUAAGAAGAGAAUUGCACGAUGCAAAGAAUUCGUUCGUCCAAUCUUAAAGUGAUCAGGUGCCUUAAUUAGCAUGACCGAAUAAUUUUAACGGUUAAAAACUAGUCAGUGAUUCGUUAGCGCGAAACUAUUUCGCUAACGCGUAUACAGGGGUGAAACUAAAAAAAGGAGGCGAGACGAUGAUGUUACACUGAAACUGAAAAGAGAUGAAACUAGAAAGAAAGAAGGGAGACGGAAGAUCAGGCUAUGAUGAAUGAGGCUGUCUAGUCCUAAACCCUUCGAGGCCUUGUAGAUGAGGUCAACUCGGUUCGUUAGAAUUUUAAGUAGAAACUUAAUAUACGAAUGAGAAGGAAACGGAGAUGGAAACCAAAAGUCUUGUAAAAAGUUAGCAAAACAAUUGCUAUUAGGAAGGCUUAGUGUUAGAUAUUAAUUAUUACGUAAUCGUUCGAUUAAGAUAAUAGGAAAAUAAAUUAAUACUAUUGAUACA